UUUCUAUGGUGACAGUCUUGUGUCUGUAAUAAUCCACUAUGUAGUGGGAGAGGCCGCCCUGUUUCCAGGGUGACAGUCUGGUGUUUUCUCCUCCAGUGUGUCCUGCGGCUGCACCAGGCCCUGCAGGUACUUGAUGUAGCGGAUGGCGGCGCGGAGCGUCUCCACCUUGCUGAGGCGUUUGUCGGCGCUGUGACCCGGCAGGCGCUCCCUGAGUUUGGCGUAGCCCUGGUUCACGCAGCGCACCCUCUGCCGCUCGCGCUCGUUCCUCUUCUGGAUGAACGCCGGCUCGAAGGGACACUCGUACACGCCGAAGGGUCCGUGGUGGUGGAAGGGCGCCAGGAGGGGCCGCAGCCCGGCGCCGGCACCCCGCAGAGCGCCCAUGCUCGAUUGGUAGAGGAGGAAAGGGGCGGAGCCAGAGAGAUCCUCGCAGCGAGACAAACCGAAGCUCAGCUUUGCUCUCUGAGCCAGCCCCUCUCCUCCAGGUGUGUGUGUGUGUGUGUGUGUGUGUGUGUGUGUGUGUGUGUGUGUGUGUGUGUGUGUGUGUGUGUGUGUGUGUGUGUGUGUGUGUGUGUGUGUGUGUGUGUGUGUGUGUGUGUGACAGGAUGUCCUGCGACGGGACAGGAACCAACACGCUGCCCCGCGCCUCCCAAGUCUCAAACAUCAGACCCUUAGAGUUUGGAACCCCCAGAGGGACCCCCGGGGGUCCCCGGACCCCCCUUUAGGGCGUAGUGUUGACGGUCGGUGUUUCCAGCAUCAGAGUGCCAGCGUCGGGCUCAAACAUCAAAGAGAAGCAGAAAUGAAUGUUUGCAGUUUCCUCUUCCUAAAUCCUCAAGGAUGCAUUCCUUACAAGUGACUCAUGACACGAUAUGCAGAUGAAAACACACGACCACAUUCCUGAGUGUGUGGGGAAUGUGUGAGAGCAGCGAGCGAUUCCUCGUUCCCACACUUCAGCCUCCAUUCACCCUGCGGCCGCCGGCACUGAUCCUGAAGAUCAUCAUUAUGCUCCCGACUCAAUGGGCCAUCUGGAUGGCUCCAUGGGAGGGGGACAGCAUGAGACACGGACCUCCAACACACCUCUGAGUGUUCAGGUGAAGCAACACCUCACCUGACUCACCUGAGACAAAUGAGGAAACAGUUUGUUCUUCCUCCUCACUAAAGAGAUGCAGACUGAAAAACAGAGGAUCAGAUUCAGACCAAACUAACAACUUCCUCUGAGUGAGUUCAGCUACAGGAGAGAAAAGUGGAAAACUACAACACUGCUGCUUCAACCUGCUGGCUCUACACACACUGAAGCUUCACUCAGAGACAAAUGGCUUCCAGAUCAGAGAAGGAUCUCUGCUGUCCGGUCUGUCAUGAUGUCUUUAGAGAUCCUGUUGUUCUGUCAUGUAGCCACAGCUUCUGUAAAGACUGUCUGAAGAGCUGGUGGACAGAGAAACCAACACAGGAGUGUCCAGUUUGUAAGAAAAGAUCUUUGUAUGAACCACCUUGUAACCUAGUGUUAAAAAACCUGUGUGAGAGUUUCUUACUGGAGAGAGAUCAGAGAGCUUCAGAGGCUCUCUGCAGUCUGCACUCUGAGAAACUCAAACUCUUCUGUCUGGACCAUCAGCAGCCAGUGUGUGUCGUCUGCAGAGAUUCAGAAAAACACUCCAGUCACAGAUUCAGAACCAUUGGUAAAGCUGCACGACGCAAGAAGAAACUUCAGGAAACUCUGGAGUCCUUAAAGGAGAAGUUAAAGGUUUUUGAACAAGUUAAAGAGAAGUUUGAUCAAACAGCAGAACACAUGAAGGUUCAGGCCCGACGCACAGAGAUGCAGAUUAAGGAGCAGUUUAAGAAGCUUCACCAGUUUCUAGAAGAAGAAGAGGAGGCCAGGAUGGCUGCACUGAGGGAGGAAGAGGAGCAGAAGAGUCAGAGGAUGAAGGAGAAGAUGGAGGCUCUGAGCAGAGAGAUAGCAGCUCUUUCAGACACAGUCAGAGCCACAGAGGAGGACCUGAGAGCUGAAGAUGUCUCAUUCCUGAUCAACUUCAAGACUGCAGUGGAAAGAGUCCAGCAGCGCCCCCUGCUGGAUGAUCCACAGCUGCUCUCAGGAGCUCUGAUAGAUGAGGCCAAACACCUGGGCAACUUGAGCUUCAACAUCUGGAACAAGAUGAAGGAGAUGGUCUCCUACACUUCUCUGGUUCUGGACCCAAACACUGCUCAUCCAAGACUCAUCCUGUCUGAAGAUCUGACCAGUGUGAGACGAGGAGAGAAACAGCAACUUCCUGAUAAUCCAGAGAGGUUUAAUAAAUACCGCACUGCCCUGGGCUCUGAGGGCUUUAACUCAGGGACUCACAGCUGGGAUGUGGAGGUUGGAGACAGUACAGCCUGGUUUCUGGGUGUGCUAGCAGCUUCUGUCCAGAGGAAGGGACACAUACGUUCUGGAUUAUGGACAAUAGGGUUCUACAAAGGUAAAUACUCAGCAUGGUCACCGCCAGAUCCAUCAACUGUUCUCAGAGUAAAGAAGAAGCUCCAGAGGAUCAGAGUGACUCUGGACCUGAACAGAGGAAAGCUGUCAUUCUCUGAUCAUGAUACUAACACACACAUAUAGACCUUCACACACACUUUCACUGAGAGGAUGUUUCCAUUGAAAGCAUGGAGUCCUGUCGGAGCCUACAUGCUUUACUUUGAUUAUUUGUAAAGUGAAAAAAGGGCACAGAGUUGAGAUCGCGGCUCUUCCUUGUGUCUCUUUAUCUAAUCACAUCACAAGACGGAGAUUGUGAGCUGUUCCUUAACACAAAAAGGCUGAUUUCUGAUAAUAAUCAGAGGAUUUGAGCACAACAAGGAUUAACCACCUACCCAAGUGAUAGACGAUUACAAUUUUGAUUUUCAAGUCUUUUGCUCACACUGCUAAUAAUGGACUAGAGGCUUUGAGAUCAUUUCGGGGACCUUGGACAGGGUCGUGAGCUCUCUCUCUUCCAAAUCAGAUAGUUAUUGAUUAAAGUCUCAGCUCUUGAAAAAUUGAUAUUGGAAAAGGUUUAAUCUGUGAAGAUUUUAUUAAAUGAUUUUAUUGAAUGAUUUAAAUUUGAGUUAAGUUGUAUGCUCUUCCUGAAGCAUCUUGCAAUAAAUAUUCAAACUAUAGUUAAAGUAUAUGUGGUGUACUUUCAAUUAAUGAGUUCAUUGAUCAUGGUAAAAAGGUAGGUAAUUGUGUGAUUGAUAACGGUUCUUAAAAGUUAUAUACAGGGUAGGGUAAGAUCAGAUAUUUGGACACAUUUUUAAUGGGCAGGUCUUUCCAUUGUACACAAAGUCGUCUCAAUGACAAUGAAAUGGUCUCAGAAGGCCAAUGGCAAUGCAGAGUUAUGGUCUGAAAUCCCCUAACUGGCAAUGGUGUUACAUGGAGCUGUCCAAUUGGAUACUGCUUUCCCUUAUCAGAAAUGUGCAAAAUUUGAUGCAAGGGGUUAAAAAAUUUUCCCCUAAAACGAUUGUCCCAGAGACACAGGAUUAUUUUUGGAUACAUAUUUUCAAACCAUGUCAUCUAUAAAAAAGUGUGUCUAUUUCAAAAAAGAUGAUGAGGAGGUUCUCCCAGACAGCUGAAUGUGCUACGUUGACAAUUAAUGUUAGCGUUAGCUCAUGCUAAUACUCGGUGGGGAACCUUAACGUUAUAAAGAUA